GUCGGCGAUUAUCUGUGUAGUCGGCUCUGACCCUUACCAAGUAAACAACUUGUUUCGACUGCGGUGUCUAGAGUCGCUCUGCAUGCACAAUGCUCGCUCCACAUGGUGCAUAAAGGAAGCGGGUAGCGCUUCAUGCCUCUGCGGACGACCGAACGGAACCGAAAAAGUUGACGGCCGCUUGUACGGCUUGUCGCAAGCAGAAGAUCAAGUGCGACAUGAGCAACGACGAGCCGCCUUGCACACGCUGCCAGCGACGCGGCUUCACGUGCGUGCUGCACACAGCUCAGCGACAUGCUCUGCCAGAUCAAAGGUCUGUAGAGCGGCAGGCCGCCGCUCAAAGUCUCGAAUGAUAUGAGGAUUCACUCGUCCCCACCAGGCAGAUGAAUUUGCUCCGUAAGGACGUUGCCCACAUGUUCUCUACCUUGAGCCGGGUGUGCGAAUACCUCAACCUAGAGCCGCCGUUGCCUUUGCUGUCCGAGAAGGACGCGAAGGAGGGCAAUCGUGAGGCAGCCUCGCCGCUGGAGAAUUCCAGCGAAGACGGCGAGUACGAGCUUUCGCCGCCGACAUCGCCGUCAGCGGCUCAGGCGCCGAUCGACACGUACCUUACCAGCGCGCAGCAGGAGGCCGCGGCCGAGUCGGCGGGUGCGGCGCGCCCUAGAACGCGGCGGAAGACGGCCGAGAGGCCGGACCUGAUCAGCAAGGGUCUGGUAUCCGCCGAGGAAGCCGAGGGCCUGGUGCAGAGCUACUUGUCGCGGCUGGACCGGUUCCUAUACGGGAUCGCGAGCCAGUACAAGGACGCGCAACAGGUGCGGCAGGCGUCGCCGACGCUGCUGGCGGCCAUGUGCGCGACGGCCGCGUUCCAGGACGUGAAGCACCAGGCGCUCUUCGAUGUUUGCAAUCGCGAGUACCGCGCGCUCGUGUCGGCCUCCCUGUUCGAGAACCGAAGCCACGAGUUCGUCCGAGCGCUUUGCAUCGGCUCGUUCUGGCUGCCGGAUGCGUCCCGCAUCCUCUCCAGCGACGCGAUCAGGAGGGCCGUGGACUGCCGCCUGCAUCGUCAGUUCUACCGGCUGACCGAGCCGCCUCGGCCCGCAGACAACAGAAUGGACCCCACGCUGGGCCUGAGCGACGCGAGAGACAAGAUGCGCCUGUGGUACCUGCUGUACAUAUGCGACCAGCACCUCUCCAUCCUGUACAACCAGGACUCCCUGAUGCGCCAGGAAAAGGACGCCAUCGAGAACAGAGAGUUGUUCCUUGCAAGACAAGGCCUGCUGCCCUCGGCACAGGACGUACGCUUGAUGUCCCAGGUGUCGUUACUCGUCAUCAUGUGCCAGAUACGGGACGUGUUUGGAUGCGAACAGAACAAGCCGGUGUCGAAAACUCUGGCAGUCCAAUUCACGCACUUCACACGCGAGCUGGAUCAAUGGUAUGCCAAAUAUUCAGGCAUCUUUGAACCUGAUCCGUACAUCGGAUCGUUUCCCCUAGCCGGUCUAACAAUGCACUAUCAAUUCGGGAAGCUAUAUCUCGGGCAUCACGUCUUUCGCGGCCUCGAAACAGAUCCUAUACCUCCCCAUUUCGUGUCCGUUGCCUCUGGAGCUCGCGAGGCUGCAGCCCUCAUCUUUUCUUUGAUCCUAGACAAUGACGCCUUUCGCGAGAACAUUCUGGGAAUGCCGUACUACUUCCACAUCAUGAUAUCGUUUGCCGGAAACUUCCUGCUCGAAGUAUGCAUGAAGUAUCGCGAACAACUCAACAUCAACGUGGAAGAUGAGUUUCGACGGGUCAGCGACGUGGUGGCAUUGUUUGCAAGGACGGCAGCGGUUCCACAACAUCCCAUCGCACGCGUGACGAUCGGCUUGAUGCGCAAAUUGACAGAAUACACCACGGCUCUUGGCAUCGAUUCAAUGAUGGCCGGCAGUCCGUUUGCUUACCCUAAAUGGGCAGCUGCGAGAGACUACCACAGCAAUCCUUUGAACGGGUCAACAGGGCCGGCAUCCUUCGAGAUGCAGUUCACCACAAUGCUUCCGGAUGACUUCUUGUACACGGGUUUCGGCGGCAUGAAUUUCACAGACUCCCAGUUUCACUGUAUACCCCAGCAUGCGUCUGCGGAGCAAUGAAGUUACGCAAGGGAUAAAUCGGACCUACGCAAGGCCCGCAUUUGCGUCGUCAUGGAAGAUCGUGGUGCCCCAGUCUGGCUUGUUGAACCUCUUGCCCCUGGUCUUUGCCAAAAGGUCGAUCUGCCGCAUUUCCUCGUCGGUAAGUACGACGUUAUUCUUCAAGUUGGCCGCUAUUCGCUAGGGUUUGUGCUCUUGGGGAUGACUCUCCACCCCUUAGCAAUGCCCCAACUAAGCAUGACGUUUCCGGUCGGAAUUCCCCUCUUCUUCGCUAUUUGCACAAUGACCGGCUCCUCAUGCAAAGUGCUACCGGUUCCGCCGAGCGGCCCAAAUGCAGUUUGGUGGAUUCCCUUCGCAGCGCAAUAUUUAUGUAGCUUAUCCUGAGGUAACAAGGGUUGAAUCUCUGUCUGAUUCACCGCUGGAACGACCUUUGCCGUCUCGAGCAAUUUCUCGAGGUUCACGGUCGAAAAGUUGGCAACACCAAUAGCGCGCACCUUUCCAGUGUCAAGCAGCUUCUCCAUCUCCCGCCACGUGUCUCGGAAAUCCCAGCCUUGCACGUGCACUUUUCGAUCUUCCUUGCCAUACUCGGCACCGGUGUCUGGUGACAGCGUCACGGGCCAAUGCAUUAGAAACAGAUCCACGUAGUCCAAUCCCAAGUCACGUAGAGAUUUGUCUAGUGCUUGCUGUACGCGUUGGUGGUCCGAAGACCAGAGUUUAGUGGUCACGAAAAAUUCAUCGCGAGGUAUCGGGGCUUUCUUGAAGACUUCGCCUAUUUCAGCUUCACUGUGAUAGAGUGGAGCGCAGUCAAAGUGGCGGUAGCCGGCCUGAAAAGCAGCCUCGACAGCUUUUGCAGCUUCACCGGGACCUGCUUUCCACGUGCCGAAUCCGACGGAGGGUAUCUUAGCGCCGGUGUUUAGUGUGAAAUACGAGGGUACAGUUUCCAAA